AUGAAACUUGUUUGUUUUCUUGUUGUUGUGUUUAUUUGCGAAGAAGUUGUAGGACGCGAUACUGUCGCCAGUACAUUCAAAGCGAUAGUGGAUGAUCUAACUAAAAAGCAUGAGCAAAAAUUGCUGGAUGUAAAGAGUCCAAAUAAAGAUCCAAAUGAAAGCUUCAAACAAACGGCAUCGACGUAUGCUCAAUUUUUCGCAGAUUUUUUAAAAAACUUUAAUGGGAGUCGUGAAAUAAUACAUGAACAAUUUAAAAACCUUAACGCAGAGACAUGGAAGGGUCACUACACCACAAUGAUGUAUUUGAACGACGAAUGGAGGGAAAAAAUAUCGCUUAAGAAAACCACAUUUCGGGAGACUUACAAUGAUCUAAUCAACCAAAAAAAUUUAAAAAACAUACAAGAUAAUUAUACGUCUUUACUCAGUUGGUGUUCGUAUUUGUAUAAUGCAGUGGCACAGAAGCAAUUUACGUAUAUUGAAAAAGUACGUGAUCUUUACUUUGAGAGUCUUCUAAUACUGGGUGAUUUGAAUAAUCAUAAUUCAAGGAAGUACGAGAUUUUAUUCAUUUACCUUUUUAAUGAAUUGAAACAAUUCAACGGCGCCAACAUCAUUUGGAAGAAUGGGUUCAUUUUAAAUGCAUAUGAGAGUUUGGUGUACAAACACAUUAAACACAGAGGGCCACAAAAUGACAAUCUAUCAACCUACGUCAAAGAUAAACUAGAUGCGAUUCAAAAUUUGAUGAGUGGCGAAACCCAAGCACUUAAAGAUGCACAAUUCAACAUUGUGUCGAAUGAAUUCAUAAAUAUGUACCAUUAUAUUCUUCUCGCGGCACCCAAAGACUACAGUGAUGAUGCAAUUAAUAAACAAUUUUCCGAGUUUUUGAAAACCUAUCGCAAUACCAAAAGUACCGAUGCAAAUUACGACAUCGUUAAGAGCGGACACGCAACUUUAUUGAAAAUCUACGCCAAUAAUAGGAGGAAAUUAAGCCUUAGUCGUUUAUAAGCAUAAGUGGAUCUUUCAUGAAACACCCAUUAAUAUUUUGAUUUCAUGGCCUUUCGAGGCCCCGAAGAAAAAUUACAGUAUUUCUGGAGUGAUUACAAUAGUUAACACAAUGUGCGAAAAAAUAUUGAAUAAAUCAUUAGUUUUUCUCCUGUUUUCUCCAACAAAAAAUAUGAUAAUAGAAAAUAUGAAGAAGAAAAAAAACAAU